CUGUUGCUUGUGAAUUACAAUAUCUGUGACGAGGCGCGAAAGUCAGUGCUCGAAUGUCACGCUCUCGCGAUUCACGUGCUCCCGUUUUCCCCCGGAAAAUCAAGUGUUUCACCCCCAAAGCAGUGCAAAAUGACUCUCGAGGGUCUUCAAAAGAAGGUCAAGGAAUCCUUCGCGAGUGACAAGGAUCUCUAUCGUGACACGCCUCUUCGCUAUUUAGGGUACUCAAACGAGGUUGGGGAAUCUUUCCGACCACUCAUCAAGAAGAUCUUCGUUCAUCUCUCUUAUGGCAUCGCCGUGAGUUACGUUUGUGCCGAUGUUUGUGACAAAUCCUACAAAGUUUACAAGAGGCCUUCCGGAGGUGCCAAAGCUGCCGCAGUUGCUGCCGGAGAUGUGUUCCUGUGGCAAAUGCUCGCCUCCGUUAUCAUUCCCGGAUUCACGAUAAACAGGAUUUGCUGGGGAACUGGAAAGCUGCUGAAGAUGGCUCAUCAGAAGGGACUGAUCAAGAAAUGGGUGCCAACUUGCGUGGGAUUAGUGUCAAUCCCUGUGAUUAUCCAUCCAAUUGACAACUUCGUGGACGCUCUGAUGGAGAAAACGUAUCGCGUGUACAUCAAAUAG